GUUUGUGGAGGCCCAGAGCAACCCCCAGAGCAGCCCCCUGGUGCUGUGGCUGAACGGGGGCCCCGGCUGCAGCUCCAUGGAGGGCUUCCUGAAGGAGCAUGGCCCCUUCCUGAUCCAGCCCGACGGGGUCACGCUGAAGUACAAUGACUAUGCCUGGAACAAGAUUGCCAACGUGCUCUACGUGGAGUCCCCCGCUGGCGUCGGCUUCUCCUACUCCGAGGACAAGAAGUAUGCCACAAACGACACCGAGGUUGCUCACAACAACUACCUGGCGCUGAAGGAUUUCCUCCGGCUCUUUCCCGAGUACUCCAAGAACGAUCUCUUCCUCACGGGGGAGAGCUACGGGGGGGUCUACAUCCCCACGCUGGCGGAGUGGGUGAUGCAGGACCCCAGCCUCAACCUGAAGGGAAUUGCCGUGGGAAAUGGCCUCUCCUCCUACGAGAUCAAUGACAACUCCCUGGUUUACUUUGCCUAUUACCACGGCCUGCUGGGGACCGAGCUGUGGAGGGACUUGCAGGCCUUCUGCUGCUCCCAAGGGAAGUGCAACUUCCACGACAAUUCCAACCUGAACUGCACACUCAAGAUGGCGGAGAUGAUUCAGAUCGUAGAGGAGUCCGGCCUCAACAUCUACAACCUCUAUGCCCCGUGCGAUGGUGGUGUCCCUGGGAGCAUGAGGUACGAGGGUGACUAUCUCAUCACACAUGACCUGGGCAACUCCUUCAUCCAGAUGCCGAUGAGGUUCUCCUGGCGGCAGAACCUGUUCCGGAUGCCGGUAGCCCGGAAGAAGGUCCGGAUGGACCCUCCCUGCACGAACUCCACAGCCCUCCGCGUGUAUCUGAACUCUCCGGAGGUGAGGAAGGCUCUUCACAUCUCCCCCGACGCCCCAGAGUGGCAGGUGUGCAGCUUCGAGGUGAACCACAGCUACAAGCGCCUGUACAUGCAGAUGAACAACCAGUACCUGAAGCUGCUCGGAGCCAUGAAAUACCGGAUCCUGGUGUACAACGGGGACGUCGACAUGGCCUGCAACUUCCUCGGGGACGAGUGGUUUGUGGACUCCCUGUGCCAGAAGGUGCAGGUGGCUCGCCGGCCCUGGCUCUACACUGAAGGAGGCGAGAACCAAAUCGGGGGCUUCGUGAAGGAAUUUACCAACAUCGCCUUCCUCACUGUCAAGGGAGCUGGCCACAUGGUGCCCACGGACCGGCCGCUCGCUGCCUUCACCAUGUUCAGCCGCUUCAUUAAGAACGAGCCUUACUAGGAGCUGUGGAGGCAGCGCCUGGCGCCCCGGCUGCCCUCUCCACCCGGCACCUCCUGCACAGCUCGUCCUUGGUGCUGCUCAGCUGCGCCCAGGCUCCCUGCGCCAUGAAACGAGUCACUCCUGCAGCCGGUGGGGCUCCCUGCUCCAGCCCAGGGGCUCUGCCCAGCCCUGAGAAUGGUGCCCAGCUGGACAGGGUGGAGGAUGGGGCUGCCUGCGGUGGGUGGGGGGCACGGGCUGGGGGGCAAGGAGUCCCAGGGGCUCUGUCCUUGCUGGGUGAGGAGUUGUGCCCCUGCUGCAGCCGCCUCCUCACUUGUGGCUUCCUGUCUCGCCUCCUCCCUGUCUGGGGAGGCAGUUACUUCCCUCCUGGGAAGGGAGCAGUCCUCACCACUUCCCCUCUGCCCUGCGGCCCCUGCAUGCACACAGCCCUGGGCAGGCUCCGAGGCAGCUGCCCCCUGCUAGGAAUGCAGUUCACGUGGCGGCUGUGGGCAGCUGGGCGCUGCUCCUGCAGGGACUUUCUGCUCCCCUCCAACCCACUCCCACAUCUGAUCCCGGUGAAGGAGGCUUACCACAAAGACAAUCCCACCACCUGCUCACUGCCUGGGGCACGCAGCGCUUCUGGGAACUCGCAAUAAACUCUCUGAACAAGG